UUGGUCUAGAAGCAAUAACCAAAGUGGCAGAAAAGAGACCGCAACUGCAAGGCACCGAAGGAGAACUCACCAGGAAGCAACGACGCCGACGACGCGGAAAGAGGAAUCCACGGGUCAGAGAAGCCGCUCUUGUUGGAUAUUCUGUUCGUCAGUUCCGUCGCGGAGGGCUUCUCCUUCCACCGGCGUCGACCUCUACUGGUGCUGGACUGCCGUGGGGUGGAGAUCGGCUUGGAUCAACUCUUAUUUUAGGUUCUGUUGUUGGUGGUUUUUCGUCCUUACCGCGCAACAUUAGUCUACCCGAGGUGCAGCAAUUUAGCUUCCAGAAUUCGGCGAAAAUGAGUGAUAACCUGAUGGACAAGGUUAGCGCCUUUGGCGAGCGCCUGAAGAUCACCGGGACGGAGGUCAGCAAAAAGAUGACGGCUGGAAUGAGCUCCAUGAGUUUCAAGAUGAAGGAGUUGUUCCAGGGGCAGACCCCGGCUGACAAGAUUGUUGAGGACGCCACCUCGGAGAAUCUGGACGGGCCUGACUGGAACUCAAACCUGGAGAUUUGCGACUUGAUCAACACGGAGAAGGUUAACAGUGUGGAGCUUAUACGUGGGAUCAAGAAGAGGAUCAUGCUGAAGGAUGCGAGGGUCCAGUACCUCUCCUUGGUCCUGCUUGAGACUAUUGUGAAGAACUGUGAGAAAGCCUUCUCAGAGGUUGCGGCCGAGCGUGUUCUUGAUGAGAUGGUCAGGUUGAUUGAUGACCCUCAGACUGUGGUGAAUAACAGGAACAAGACCCUUAUGCUGAUUGAAGCAUGGGGGGAGUCUGGCGAUGAACUCCGCUAUCUACCAGUCUAUGAGGAAACAUACAAGAGCUUGAAAUCAAGAGGAGUGCGGUUUCCUGGACGUGACAAUGAGAGCUUGGCUCCCAUAUUUACUCCACCACGGUCAGUUGCUGAAGCUGAUGUUGACUCAAGCUUGCCCCAGCAAGCAUUCGAAGACAUCCAUGUUCAUACAUAUACUGCUGAAGAAACAAAAGAAGCAUUUGAUGUAGCUCGUAACAGCAUAGAACUUCUUUCAACUGUUCUUUCGUCUUCCCCUGAACAGGAUGCUUUGCAGGAUGACUUGACAGCCACUCUUGUGCAACAAUGCUACCAAUCUCAGCACACUAUCCAGAGGAUUAUUGAGACCGUUGGAGACAACGAAGCUGUGCUCUUUGAGGCCUUGAGCGUGAACGAUGAGAUCCAGAAAGUGUUAUCGAAGUACGAGGAGAUGAAGCAGCCCAGGGCCUCAGAGCAUGCAGAACAGAGACCAGUUGUCAUACCGAUUGCCACAGAACAUGAAGAUUCGACUGCUAUCGGCAAUGAAGACGCCCUUGUCAGAAAACCAGCUGCCGCGAGAGCAAGGUCAGGUGGAGAUGAUGAUAUCCUUGAUGAUCUCGACGAGAUGAUAUUUGGCAAGAAGGGAGGUAGCAGCUCCCAGGAUGGGCCGAAAAAGCCAGAUCCGAAGAAGGAUGACCUGAUCAGCUUUUAAGUACCUUUCCAUAAUUGCAGCCAGUGCUUGCUAUUUUCUGGUGCUGUACCCACUCGGUAGAUUGAAGAUUCGAUAGGAUUUGAAUCGAUUGUUUAUUCGCACAUACGAUUCAUACCUGCCCCUUUCGGUUUGUUCAGUUAAGUCGCUGCACUUUCUCAAUCUUGUUUCAUGAAUGAGUCCCAGUGACCAUGAAUGUAUUGGAUGGUGGAUUAUGCCUUGACGGGGGGAAAAUGUCCAGUGUUACUGAAUCUCUGUUCUUCACUACAGUAAACCAUUGUUUAAGCUCAUCGUAUGCUUUGGCUAA